AUGGCAGACACAGGCAACGGCGUCACAGGCGCCGACUCUAACAACAUUGCCGGACUCAUGCUGGCUUCUGUUGCAGGUCCUGCUACUUUGUCGACUCGAGCCCUCAAUCCCAACGACCAGCACCGCAACAACGCUCCCGUCGCAGCAGCUGAGAGCUCCAAGCCUGGUGGUUCAGAGGUUGCAGAGACGGCCACCAUCCCAUCUCCAUCAGUCGCCGACGAGUUUGACGAUUCCAGCGAUUCCAGCGAUUCAAGCGCUACAAGGCCCGUCGUUGCUAAUCAGCCCAUCACCCCGCAGUCCACUGGCAACAACGAGUCGCAGCCUGCAAACGGCACUGUUGACUCAACUUCCCAUCUAGCAGAGGACCCCUGUCACUUUCCACGAGUCCUUCCCGACAAUCUUGACGAUCUACCUGAAGAAUCUUGGGACGCUGCAUGCGACGUUCUAACCAUUGCAGGAGAAUUCCUUUCGAUUAUUGGACAUCCUCCCGUCCCGUGGGAUCCCAACGUCGAAUUGGGGGAGCCGUUACAGGGCCCCUUCCUCCCCCUUGGCAGCAGCUGUGAACGCCCCAUAACCUGGGAUAAUUACCUCAUUCGCGGUGAUUCUGGACCGCGUCCUGUCAUACACAUUAAAGCAAAGAGACCCGGUGCCCCUGAUAUCCAGCUCAAGAUCCAUUGGGACUAUCAGGCCGAGUGUAUCAACAUGACCGAAGAGGAGUUCCCCGAGGCUCCGGCUGCUGCUGCUGAGCAGACCACUACUACAGCUGCUCCUGCCAAUGCAUCCGUCGAGCCCGAGCCCGAGCCCGGGCCCGAGCCUGUUCAGCAGCAAGCAGAGGCCCAGGCAGAGGAAGAGAUCAAUCCUCACUCUCUCCCCGAGAUUCACCAUCAGCCGCGAUCUGCUGCCCCUUCUCAGCCUGCUCUCGGACCUCACGACCCCGCCAAUCCGGCUGCACGCCCUCCGAACCAGCGAAGCUUCAUUUCCCAGAGCCAAGCCCACUUUGUCUCUAGUGCUCCUACUCCCGUCUUUGUCCACCAGCAGUCUCCCUUCGUCGUCGGACAGCCCAUGCCCAUGAUCUACGGAGUCGGCCAGCAGCCCCAGCAGCAGUACUCCAUGCCCUCCUUCAUGGCUCAGCAGCAGCCCGGCGGCGUCAUGGGCAAUGAGCCCUACCUGCUCAUUAACCCGCCCGUGGUUUCCCCCGGUGUCCAGGCUCCUCCUAUUGGCACCGGAGGCUAUCCCAACUGGCGCCAGUCUCCCUUCCACAAUGGCACUGCACACUGGCGUACCAACCCGCCCAUCAUUGUCGGACAGCCCGGUGCCCAGCCUGUCUUUAUGGGCGGCCAGACUCACAACGUCAUCAUGUAUCGCUGA